UUGAGAUUUUGUACAUCUAUCAAUAUGUUACGUCGUCUUGUAGUAGUUACCUCUUCUUUAUGAAACUGAGAAUAUUGCUCCUCAACUCUGAUGGACGCCACCGCUGAAUCGGGACCGUCUCAUCCCUAUUGGCCCAGGAACCUUGUGAUCCCCAACUAUGUGGCCAAUGAUCGAUCCAUGGCAGAGAUUCUAGUGUUUCUUUUCUCUGUGUCUGGAGUCUUUCUUCUAGUGACUUGGAUGAUCACUGCUCGGCUGAGCACAUGGAGGCGUUUGGCUGUGUGCUGGUUUGCUGUUUGUGGUUUCAUCCACAGUGUCAUUGAGGGCUGGUUCUCACUCUACUAUGACCUUAUUCCAGGAGACCAGAGCUUCCUGUCACAAUUGUGGAAAGAGUACUCCAAAGGAGACAGUCGAUACGUAAUAGCGGAUAACUUCACUGUUUGUAUGGAGACUGUGACUGCAUGCUUGUGGGGACCAUUUAGCUUCUGGGCUGUGGUUGCUUUCCUAACUAACAAGCCGUACAGAUUUGUCCUGCAGCUCAUACUUUCACUUGGUCAGCUGUAUGGCGCGGUGCUGUACUUCUUCACAGAGCACAGAGAAGACUACUCCCACAGUGAACUGGGGCACCCCAUCUACUUCUGGUUUUACUUUGUGUUCUUGAACUUUUUGUGGAUCGUUAUUCCACUGGCCCUGAUUAUGGACGCAUGGAGACAACUGACAGCAGCUCAGCGACACAAAGAUGGGACUAAAAAGUCUAAGAAACAAUAAAAGGGGACUCAAAGACGGACUGAUUCUAUACAAGGGACGCACACAAAUAGACAACCUGAAAUGUUUGGUUUCAUUAUAGUGGUGGCUAAAUAUUUUAAGAACAAUGUCAUUGACUUUAGUUCAGAAGUACAUCUUCUGACUGACACCAAAAUAAAUUUAAUUUUUCUAACUACAA